CGUAUAAUCCCCUAAUUACUUUAAUUAAUGUUCACUUUCGCUAAGUAUAGAAUAAAGAAAUUCGUUUAAAACAGUAAAAAAAAAUUCUAGAUCUAAGAUUUAAUUGUGAUGUUAAGGUUAUGUUUUCAGCUACUACUGAAAUAUUUUCAUGAAACGAAUUAAAUAUUAUAUCUAAUGCCUAAUUAAUGUCUAAAGAGAUAUAUGUUGCAACACAACCGAGUCCAUGGAUAUUCCCCGUAAAUAUAAUCAUUGUUAUACGUAGAGAGAAAAGAUCUCUUCGUGUUCCAAAAUCAAAACGUGCCUGGUAUGAUCGUUGACGAAACAUUAUAUGGUUAGAAUAGUAAGAAAGUAUACCGGUGGAAAAAGAAUGAGAAGUAGGGGAAAAAAAAAAGAGAAAAAGACAAUUUCUUUUCUACAGUGGACACUUCGGUUUGUGAUUAUCGGCGAGAGGCACACAUAGAACCGAAACGUUAUUGCGCGAAACAAUUUCCUCCGUUUCUUGCUACGAUUCUGUUUCACGCAUAGUUCCGGCCGUUUCCCCGCGUACUUUUGUUUUAUUCGAGAGCAAAAGAAAAAAAAACAUAAGAACCGUACGUGUUAAAUGUGUACGUGUGAAAAUAUCGUACAAAGAAAAAAAAUUAUAAAGAUGCUACUCGGAACAUGAAAAAAAAGAAACAAGAAGAGGUUAGAAUGGAAACUUGUGAGCGUGAUGAAAAUAUAAUUAAUAUGUAAAAAGAAUGAUGAUGUUCUCUUUGUCGAACGAAGAAAAAAAGAGCGUAAGUCGAUGGCUUUUACAAUGAAAUCAAUACGAUAUACAUAUGUAAUAAUAAAUACAUAUUGUGUUUUUUCUUAUAUGACGACUACUGCUUGACAAUUCAUACGACGACGAUUAUGGUGACGACUACACAAGAAUAUAAACGGACUGACAACGGGUGGAGGACUAUGCGCAGUGCAGUAUCACAUGUCAAUGUUCAUCGCGCAUGUACUUACCGGUGAAAACGACAUGGCAGGUGUUUCGAUUGCUUCUUGUUGUUGACUAUUUUUAAUAGAUAAGAGAUUAACUACGAUUACUCUGAAGGACAAUGAUAAUGCGUACGUUAGAUAAUAAUUUAUAAAAUUAUUUAUUUUAAUUAUUUUAAUUAAUUGCCAAAGUUAUUGUGAACAUGUCGAAUACACGCGAAGCAGAGGUACAAAAUCUCAAGGAACGUGGAAAUGCAUGUGUAAAAGAACAAAAAUAUGAAGAAGCUAUGUUUCAUUAUACUCAUGCCAUUAAAUUAGACCCACAGAAUUAUUCCUUGUAUAGUAAUCGAUCAUUUGCAUUUUUAAAAUUACAACAAUAUCAUUUUGCAAUGGAAGAUGCAUUAAUGACAAUUCAAUUAAAACCUGAUUGGACCAAGGGUUAUUUUAGAAAAGCUGAAGUAGAAUCACAAACAUUUCGCUUCAGUGAAGCACUUCAAUCUUACAAUAAAGCUUUAUCUCUUCAACCAAAUGAACCAACAAUUUUAGAGGCAAUGAAUAGAGUAUCCCGAUUAUUAAUUAAAGACAAACGAGCUGAUCAACAAAUACCUUGGCUUGGAGCUGGUGUUGGUAUCAUAUUUGGUGUAAUAGUUGUAAUUGCAGAUUAUGUUUUUACAAAUAAACCUACAUUAACGAUGCAACAUCCUCUUUUGAUGGCCUUAUUGACAAUGUCUAUAGCAAUGUUGGGUUUUGGCAUUGCAAAGGGGUUUCGUUAUUUCAUAAAAUGUCAAAGAAAAUCACUUUUGGAACCUCCAGUGGAUCUUUUUGGUGAUAACAAAGAAGAAUUUGAUGAUAUUGAAACCGAAAUGAAUAAUGAGAAAGAAAAACAUCCCAAAUAUACGGCCAGGGGCACAGGGCUGAGGGCUGAGGGCUCGACAGGGCCUGGAAUAACGUUCACGGGACGGCCGUGGGCCAGUCCAGCUAUGGAACAAACGAAAACUCCCGCGUCCCGAUUACUCAGCACGAGUUGUAUAGAGAAUAAGGACGACUUAGAAGAGAAAUUUGAAAAAUGUUAUACGGUGCUCCAAAAUUUGACUGCAGGAUUAUCUGAAAAGGAAGCCCAUGAUACAUUAAAUAAUGCUGUGUGUAAGGAUAAGACACACGAAGAAGUUUCAUUGGGGUUGUUAGUAGUUAUCUUGACAGAUCCUCAAAGUGCAGCCAAAAGUUAUAGAGACUUAACAUUAAUUACAAGAGAUGGUCUUGCAAUUGUGUUAGUACAUCUUAAUCAAUUAGUACUUGAAAGAUAUUUACGAUUGAAUGAUGUGACCAGAAAUCAAUUAUUAUGGUUAUUAAGAGAGAUGAUAAGAACCAGUGUAGCUAGUGUGGAUAAUCUUUGUUUAAGUUUAUUAAGGCAUGCAGCUGGUGGUGAUAUUUCACCACGAAAUUUGUUCUUAGUUGAUGCGCUUUUAGACAUUUUUCAAGAAAAUCGACCUUGGUUAGAUAAAUUUCCAUUUUUAGUAGCAUCCAUUGUUUAUACCUAUUUACGAUUAAUAGAAGAUCAUAAUGCACCUCAUUUAUCUGGUUUGCGUCAAAAAGAAGUUACCUUCACUGUAUCUUUAAUAAGGGAACGUAUGGUUGAUUGUUUGGUUAUUGGAAGGGAUUUGGUGCGCCUAUUACAAAAUGUGGCACGAAUACCUGAAUUUGAAGCACUUUGGAAAGAUAUGCUUCUUAAUCCAAAAUCUCUUUGUCCAAAUUUCAAUGGUGUCCUUCAACUUUUACAAACUAGGACUUCUAGAAGGUUUCUACAAUCUAGACUUACACCAGAUAUGGAAAGAAAAUUAGUAUUUUUAACCAGUCAAGUGCGUUUCGGUAAUCAUAAACGAUAUCAAGAUUGGUUUCAACGGCAGUACCUGGCUACACCAGAAUCACAGUCUUUGAGAUGUGAUCUUAUACGAUUUAUUGUUGGUGUUAUCCAUCCAACAAAUGAGUUGUUGUGUUCAGAUAUUAUACCUCGAUGGGCAGUAAUAGGAUGGUUAUUUACGACUUGUACAUCAACUGUAGCUGCAAGUAAUGCUAAAUUAGCUUUAUUUUAUGAUUGGUUAUUUUUUGAACCUGAGAAGGAUAAUAUUAUGAACAUUGAACCUGCAAUUCUUGUCAUGCACAAUUCUAUGAGAUCCCAUCCACCAGUCACUGCCACAUUAUUAGACUUUUUAUGCAGGAUAAUACCUAAUUUUUAUCCACCUUUGACAGAGAAAGUGAGAAAUGGAAUCUUUUCAUCUCUAAGACAAAUUUUAGAGAAACGAGUUUUGCCGAGUCUUUAUCCAUUAUUCGACAGUCCUAAGUUAGAUCGUGAAUUGAGGAGUAAAAUAAGAGAAACGUUCAAAGAAUUUUGUUUACCACCUAAUGCAGAUCCUGGUAAAAUGGAGGAACUUAAUAAGGAUCUUCCACCAGGAGCUACACUAGAAAAUACAGUAAAUACACCAGUUGAAAAUAAUCAUAUAAAUCAAGAUCCUGAACCAGCUUUUAGUGAUGAAGAAGAAGAAAUGCCAUUGAGGAUAGUGAAUAAAGUUGAAGAAGAAGAUGAAGAAGAUGUUCCAUUAGCUAAUGUGAAAUUGAAAAAUGAACAAAAAAAUGCAAAUUGUGUUGUGAAGAAAGAAGAUAUUACAUCUCAAUUAAAUUUAAUUUUAGAGCCAGAGGAGUUAAGGACUGCUAUUGAAAGUUUGCAUAGUGAAACAGACAAUGAAGUGAGGUGUCAAACAAUGGAAAGGAUAGUACAAAUGGUUGUAGAAGAUGAAAUAGAUGCAGAAACUAUACCAGCAUUGGCUUCUUGCAUAUCAACUAUUUUAUCUUCACAAAUUACAUCUCAAAUAUUUCCAUCAGAUAAUUUAAAUGAAGAAGCCUUGACUGAUAGUAUAAGCACACCGUUAUUUGUUAUGUUUCGAAAUCAGUUUCAAUUGUGUAAAGAAGAAGACAAUAGACGGAAACUUUUAGCCCGAGUACUUGCAGAGAUGCAGAACAUUCAACCAAGGAUAGGUUACUUGUUACUUUAUUUUUUGAAAGUUUGGGGCAGAGGAGAAGAAAAACGGGAAGGCGAACAAAGUAAUGUAUUAAAUGAUGUUAAAGCAUCAGUAUAUAAAGAUUUUUGUGCUCAUAGAGAGAAAAAGUUAGAUGCGUGUUUAGUAUCAGAUUUGAAGCUCUGUCACGAAGACAACAUAUUUAUGCUAUGUUACCUUGUGCCUGAUGUAUACAUGGGUUUUCAAAAUGUAACUCUUGGAAAUAUUCAAUUAUUGCAUUUAGUCGUUUCGACUGUUGAUGCAUGCCAAUUACAAGAAUUAGUUUGUCAAAUAAUGCAAGGACAUUUGAAAAUGUUAAAAAAGGAAUCAUUUACAUCACUUUUGACAGCAAGUUUAAAUUGGGAAACCUUUGAACAAUAUUGUUUCUGGCAACUUAUUUUUGCCCAUGAUUUUCCAAUUGAAUAUGUAUUGCCUGUUUUACCCAAAUUACAAUUUCGAGAUCACGCAGAGGCACUAACAUCAAUAUUGUUUAUGCUUAAACAAGAAAAGCCAACGUUAGAACUUCUGCGACAAUUGCUUGCACGACAAAACGUGGAUGGGGAUAUGUUUGUCGUAGCAGCAUUACGUUACUGGUGUCGUGAUUAUGAGGAAAAACUCGGAGAAUUACUCGCGAAUCUUCUGAGUACUCGUUAUCCUGCUACGAGUCCAAAUAAACGGAAACGAUCUGGCGCUAAGCAUAAUCAACAGCCUGGUCCACCCACUGGUGAACAAGUUCUUGGUCAUUUAGAUCAAUUACGACAACAUUGUAUGUCUUCUGCUGAAUUGCAGCUUUAUCAUUCCGAAGGAAUGCAAAGAGCUUUGCAACAAGCACAAGCAGCUAGUAGUGAUUCUUUAAGAAAGAGUUAUGGAGAUUUAUUCGCUCUCGCAGAAGUUAAUGAAGAGAAUGAACCUCCUCCACCUCCACCAACAAGCUCAGCACGAAAACAUACAGCAGCAGCAGGUGGAGGUGGUGGAGGUGCUGGUGGUAAAGGAGGUCAUAGGAAAACUGGUGCUAAUACGAGGGAGAGAUCUAGUUCAAAAAGGCCACUUCCUCGGUAUCAUUUGGAUAGUACAUCUAGCAGUGAGGAAGAAGAAAUUGUGAAUGUAAAACAAGCAAAGAAAAGAAAAAAAAUUAAUCCAGUGGGCUCCGAUAGCGACUGACCACCCAGUGUCUUCAAAUGUCACAUGGACCACGUUAUGUGUGUGCAGCAAGCUAAACUAGCCUUAAGAAUAGUAAGAUAAUAUAGUAUACGUAAUAGAUCUAGCGCGACUUGUACAUAUAGUAUAUGUCAACAGUGAAUGCGAAAUAAUGUUGAUCUUAUAUUUCGCAAACACUAUGUAACAAGUGUUGCCAGAUUCUGUAAUUUCAUUAAUUUCAUUAUUUGUAUCAAACACAUUCUAAUGAAAGAUAUAUUUACUAGAAUGUAUUGUGAUAUUUAAUGAGAAGAAAAUUUAUAAAUACUGGUUAUAGCUUUUCUAGGUAAAUACAUAUGACAGAUUAACUUGUCAUGACAGAUUGAUAUUCUGGAUUCUGUUUUGAGUAAGAAAAAUUUUAUCAUGUAUCUGUCAGAUAAAGUUACCGAGAGGCACAAAACUAGUCAUAAAUUAAAUUAUUUCGAUAUACUCUUAAAUUCAGAAAAAUAUGAAUUUAAGAAUUGAAAAUUGAAUCUGGCAAUAUCAUUGCUAGAAAUAAAAUGAUACAAAAUAUCUUUUUUUGUAAUCACUUUAUUUCUAAAGAAAGAAAGAAAUGAAGAUCUGUCAUCCAUAUCCAAUUUUGUGGUUGGCAUCAAAAAAUGCGGGCACAAUUGUGCUUAGUGUUAUUAAUAAUUUGUUUAUUAAUUUUGCGAUUAGUAUAAUUGACCCUAUUGUCCAAAUUUAUUUCUUUUCCUUCUUCAUUAUAUGAUAUAUUAUAAGACUCGCGUCUCACAAAGUAGUUAACAAAGAAAAAAUGGUUACUUUUGUUGCCAUAAAUUGUGAACGCAAUUUAUAUAAAUCGUUGAUAGCUUUUUAUUUAGGAUUAAGAACCUUCUGCAGGAGGAUAAGGAUGUAUUAAGAAUUCCUCGUUCCAGCACGAAGCGUACAGUUUUACGACCAAAUGUAUUUUACGUCUGCGCUUAGUAAGCAUAAUCAUUCUCAAGACGCAACAAUUUUUAUAUUUUACACGAUGCAAGGUUGUCUAUUCUUUUAAUUUUGUUUCUAAAGCAAUGACUAAUGAACAAUCUUUUUACGUUCUAUUCAAAUAUUCGAAUUUAAUUAAUUAACCAAAAGAAAAAAAAAAAGGAAAAAUACAAGAAAAAUGUAUUUUUUUCAUCGUAAUAUUUAUAAUGACUGAAUAAUUUAGAAGGACUGUAUGUUCUUAAUAAUAUGCAAUGUUUAUUCUUUAUAAAUCUGUCCUUCAGUAUUUUUAUAGAAUAAAUUUACUACUUUAUAUUAGAUAUGAUUGGUAUUCCAUUGUUCCAGAAAUGGAUAUUAUUUAAAUAGUAAAAUAAAGGAACAUCUUCCAUCGUGUAUAAAACGAAGCGUCAUGUACACUUAAGUCUUAGAAGAACAUAAGCGUGAAAUAUCACCGUUCACCUCUGUACAUUUCCUGUAAAAUCGGUUACUUGUAUAAGUAACUGUGUUAUGUAUUUUCUAAUUGUACAUACCAGAGAGAACGGAAUUUGUAUGUUAUGUAUGCAUGAGCAUAUAAGUAUGUACGAGAAUUUUUCAAAAUUCUAAUUUUUUUUUCAUGAGGAGUGUUUGUAUUUCCGAUUUUAUCGAAAAAGAUUCAUAAUUCAUUACGAGCAGAAAGAAAAAUAAGACGAAUAUAUCAGCCAGUACGAAUGUUUUUUUAGUUACGCGUACAUUGUACGUACUAGCCAUUUUUAAUGGUGUAUAAGGUGUGAUAGUUGAUAUUGUUAUUAGGUUUUUUCUACUUGUAUAUAAACUGUGACGUUAUAUGAGAAAAUAUUUAAAAUUGAUGACUGAAUGAAUGCGAAAGAAAGAAUAUAUGAAUAGUAUGAAAGGAUAAAAAAUAGUACGAGAGGGAGAGAAAGAGAGGCAAACACAGACACAUAAGUAAAAACAAAAAAAAAAAAAUUAAAAAAUAAGAAAAAUCGCAAAAUUAACAAUGCGCGGGGCAAUACGGAAAAUAAAUAUGUAAACAUUUAAUGUUUUUAACGAUCUUGUACACACGGAUACACAUGUAAAUAUAUGAAUAUAUUAUCGUAACGCGAGCAUAAACAUUUAAUGUUUUUAACGAUCUUGUACACACAGAUACACGUAAAUGUAAAUACAUCGAAAAAUUACCGGAAGUAAACCUGUGAUUCCUAUCGUUUGUUUCCUCUUUCUCUAGAUUCUUCCCUCCCCUCUUUUAAUUUUCUUCAGCGAGAAUAAUCGGUUUUGAAGAUUGUCAUAGUAUUGUUCUUUUUAUAGUUAUGUGUAUACAUAAUGCGAACAAUAUGAAAUAACUAUAAAACAACGUAAUUACGCGCAAAUUAUAUAACGAACAAAUGAAUGUUAAAAGUUUUAAACACUUGUUUGUAAUAUAUGUACAAUUUUUUACCGAAAUAGUGACAAAUUAAAGAAGAAUAAUAAAAAAUCCUGUAAAGUUAAAUCCUGCUACAUCACGUAAUAUCCGUAAAUUGUACAUUAAGCGCAUUUGAUUAAAAUUGCACAAUUGAUAGUAAAACAUUUAUAUUACUAUUCUCCACGUAACUACUAAAUUAAACCCAUAUCAACUUAUUAAAGCUAAUAGUAAAUUAGUAUUGGUUAAAAUGCAAUGGCAUUACAAAUAGUAUUAAUGGAAACACCUAUAAUUCGAUGAAAUAUGUUUCUUCUAUUAUUUGCCAUUUAUUAAUUACAUAUUAUUUUGUCCAAUUUGGUAUGUAACACAUGUAACGCAAUUUUACUUUUCUGACAUAUUGAAGAGCUGUAGAAUUAUACACAGUGUGAAUUUUCCUGACGAAAAUGAAUUUAUUUCAUUUUUCAGAUUUUUUUGUUAUCUCACACUCAGAAGGUAAAGAGAAAUUGUCUUGACGCGAAACAAUAAAUAAAAAUAUAAUACGUAUUCAAUUUUCAUAUAU